AUGUAUUCAACACAGGAGGUAUUGGAAGCGGUUGAAAAGGCGAUCCAACAGAUGAAGGUUGAAGAAGCAAAAGCCUCGGAGGAAAAAAGUCAUGAAGGUAGUCGCUUAAGUAGGGAGCGAACUGGCGGAGUUAAAAAGUAUGAUAAGGAAUACUUCAUUAGUUUAUCACAGAAGUACUUGGAUUUUACGUAUAAGAAUCCCACUACUCCGCACGUAAUUCAAUAUUUUGCGAACGAGUUAGAUAAGGCUGGUUUUACUUACUUAAGUGAGCGGAAUACGUGGGACGAUUUUGUCCCUGGAAAGUACUACACUAUCCGCAGCGGAACGAGUCUUGUUGCGUUUUCUGUAGGGGACAAUUGGGAGGCUGAGAAUGGUCUAUCCAUUAUUGGAGCGCAUGCGGACUCUCUGACAGCCAAGUUGAAGCCAAUAUCCUUGAGGCAGCCGGCUGAAGGUUUCGAACUGUUGGGGGUUGCUCCCUAUGCGGGCACGUUAAAUCAGGUUUGGUUUGAUCGUGACCUCGGUAUUGGCGGAAAGGUUAUAGUCAAGAGGUCUGGAUCUAACAAGAUAGAGGCCUGUUUAAUUGACUCCACGCCGCACCCGGUGGCAAGAAUUCCAACUCUUGCUCCUCAUUUUGGGAAACCUUCCGUGGGUCCCUUCGAUCGAGAAAACCAGGCAGUCCCCGUUAUAGGCGCGGUUAGCGAAGGAGAGGAGGAAGAUGACGAAGACCAUGAUGAGGAGGACGAAAAACGUUCACCCCUAUACGGAAAACAUUCGGUCCACUUGUUGCGCUACAUUGCCCGCCUGGCAAAGGUCAAAGUAUCUGAGCUGUAUCAGCUCGACUUGGAAUUAUUUGAUGUUCAAGAAGGAACCUUCGGUGGCUUGAGAAACGAAUUUAUCUAUGCUCCACGGCUUGAUGAUAGACUAUGUUGUUUUUCCGCAAUUGAAUCUUUGAUUUCAUCAUCCCAACAGACGGCUUCCAAUAGUUUCGAUGUGGUUGCGCUUUUCGACAACGAGGAAGUAGGCUCAUUUACCAGACAGGGGGCUCUCAGCGGAAUAUUGGAAAGUACCGUUAAGCGCGUGAUUGCAACCAAGUCCAAACAUAGUAACGCCUUAGAGUUAGCAUUUGCCAACUCCAUCAUAAUUUCCGCUGACGUAACGCACAUGGUAAACCCUAACUUCGCCGUCGAAUAUCUCGAACAUCACAAGCCAAAACCUAACAUAGGUUUGACAGUUUGUAUUAGCACCAACGCUCAUAUGGCGACUGAUCCCGUGGGCCUUUGCUUCGUAGAAGAGCUUGCUCGACGCAACAAUGACCGCCUUCAAUACUUCCAAAAUAAAAAUGGCAGUCAAAGCGGCUCCACAAUUGGACCUUAUAUUGCAGGGUCAACCGGAGUGAGAACUAUAGACAUGGGAAUAGCCCAACUUUCUAUGCAUAGUAUUAGAGCUGCAACCGGGUCCAAAGAUAUUGGACUCGCGGUGAAAUUCUUCGAGGGUUUCUUCGCCAACCGCCAACAAACUUUAGCUCAAUUUGGAGAUUUGUAA